AUGAUGAUGAUGAUAUCUGAAAUGAGGGAGACCAUAAGAACACAGAGGCAUUCAGAAAAUGCUUUGCUCAAAGUCCGAACAAUUGCAACACGCAGUGAGGCAGAUAUCAUUCCAGGUUUGUUAUCUGUCAGUUCUGAUGUGGUGAGGCCGUUCAUUAUGGGAUGUGAAACAAAGCAUUCAAAGCUAGUGCAGAUUGGUUUAUCUUCUGUCCAGAAACUUAUUUCUCAUGAAGUUAUUUCAUUGGUAGCUGCAGAGAGUGUUAUUGACAUGUUAUGGUUGUUGAUGGAAUCAGGAACAGAAGAAUUAAAAUUGUUACAGACAGCCUUGCUUUUAAUUACAACUAAUUCUGUGGUCCAGCAUGAUCACCUUGCUAAGUCCAAUUCUGGUAACACUGAUUAUUCAACAACUCUUACCCCCCCAUCUCUUUCCCUUUAUCUUUUCUCUAUCUCACAAACACUUAAUCCCUCCUCUCUCUCUUUCCCCAAUCUCACAAACUCUUACUCCAUCUCUUUAUCUCUCGCCAUCUCACAAACUCUUAUCCCCUCUCCUCAUUCUCCACCCUAUCCCCUCUUCUCCUACUCCCCCUCUCCAUCUCUCUCCUCCCUCUCUUCCCAUCUCGCAAACUCUUACCCCAAUCAUCAUCUCUUUUCUCCCUCACAAACUCUUACCCCAAUCUUACCUCUCUGUCCUCCCGGUCUCACAAACCCUUACCAUCUACUUCUCUCCCUUUCACAAAGUUUUACCCCCAUCUCCUCUUCUCGCUCUACUCCCCCCCAUCUCCUCUUCUCUCGCUCUCUCCCCCCAUCUCCUCUUCUCGCUCUACUCCCCCAUCUCCUCUUCUCCCCCCCAAUCUCCUCUUCUCGCUCUACACCCCAUCUCCUCUUCCCCCCCAUCUCCCAUCUCCUCUUCUCCCUCUCCACCCCACUCCCCCAUCUUCUUCGCUCUACUCUCCUCUUCUCGCUCUCUCCCCAUCUCCUCUUCCUCUACUCCCCCCAUCUCCUCUACUUCCCCCCCAUCUCCUCUUCUCGCUCUACUUCCCCCAUCUCCUCUUUCGCUCUACUCCCCAUCUCCUCUUCUCGCCUACUCCCCAUCUCCUCUUCUGUCUCUCCCCCAUCCCUCUUCUCCUCUACUCCCCCCCAAUCUCCCUCUUCUCGCUCUACCCAUCUCCUCCCCCCCCCCAUCUCCUCUUCUAGCUCUCAUCCCCAUCCUCUUCUAGCUCUACCCCCCCAUCUCCUCUUCUCGCUCUACUCCCCCCAUCUCCUCUUCUCGCUCUACUCCCCCCAUCUCCUCUUCUCGCUUCAUCUCCCCAUCUCCCCUCUUCCCCCAUCCAUCUCCUCUUCCCUCCAUUCCCCCAUCUCCUCUUCUCACUCCCCAUCUCCUCUUCUCGCUCUCCCCCCAAUCUCCUCUUAUAGCCUCUACACCCCCAUCUCUCUUCUAGCUCUACUCCCCAUCUCCUCCCCAUCCCCAUCUCCUCUUCUCUCUACUCCCCAUCUCCCUUCAGCUCUACUCCCCCAUCUCCCUCUUCUAGCUCCUCCCCCCUCUCAGCUCUACUCUCCCCCCCCUCUCCCCCUCCCUCUUCUCCUCUCCCCCCCCCCCAUCUCCUCUUCUCGCUCUAUCUUCCCCUCUUCUCGCUCUACUUCCCCAUCUCCUCUUCUCGCCUCUACUUCCCCCAUCUCCUCUUCUCUCCUACCCCCCAUCUCCUUCUCGCUCUCCCAUCUCCUCUUCUCGCUCCACUUCUCCCUCUUCCCUCGCUCUACCCCAUCAUCCCUCUCUCUUCUGCCUCUACUUCCCCCCAUCUCUCCUUCUGCCCAUCUACUUCCCGCAUCUCCUCUUCUGUCUUCCCCCCAUCUCCUCUCCUCUCGCCUACUUCCAUCUCCUCUUUCUCGCCUACCCCCUGUCCCCAUCUCACAAAACAGCACGACCAUCAACACAGCUGCGGCUACCAUCAAGCAAUUAGUCAAUGUGGUGUUUGAAAGAGUAAUCAUUGAAGAUAACAUUGCAUUUCAAGAACCAAAGGGAGACCUUUCUUUUGAAGAGUUAAAGGUUGGCAGUAAAAUACCUCCCAAAUCUUUACGUCCAUGUGCAGGAGAUGCUUACCUGCUUUUCCAGGAUCUGUGCCAGCUUGUGAAUGCUGAUCAGCCUUACUGGCUCAUGGGAAUGACUGAAAUGACUCGGACUUUUGGCUUGGAGCUUGUUGAAUCAGUUCUUACCACUUUCUCAAAUAUUUUUCUAAAUCAUCCUGAGUUCAGUUUCAUGUUAAAGGAGCGUGUUUGUCCCUUAGUAAUUAAAUUAUUUUCACCAAGCCUCAAAUACAGGCAGGGGGUGCCUCCACCGCCCUCUCCAGCUCCUGCAGAGAAACCUUUCUUUCCCAUUGUUAUGAGAUUACUAAGAAUUGUGUCUAUCCUCAUCAAGUUUUAUUAUCAACUCUUGGUGACAGAGUGUGAGAUUUUCUUGUCAUUACUUGUGAAAUUUUUGGAACCAGAGAAACCAACUUGGCAACGAUGCCUUACUCUUGAAGUUCUUCAUAAGUUAACUGUGCAGCCUGAUUUGUUAAACCCAUUCCAUUCUUUCUUUUUCUUUUCUUUUUUCUCUUUUUUCUUUUCUUUUUUCUCUUUUUUCUUUUUUUCUUUUCUUUUUUUCUUUUUCUUUUCUUUAUUCUUUUUCUUUUCUUUUUCUUUCUUUUUCUUUUCUUUUUCUUUUUUUUUUCUUUUCUUUUUUUUUUUUUUUUUUUCUUUUUUCUUUUCUUUUUUCUUUUCUUUUUCUUUUUCUUUUUCUUCUUUUUCUUUUCUUCUUUUCUUUCUUCUUUUUCUUUUUCUUCUUUUCUUUUUCUUUUCUUUCUUCUUUUUCUUUCUUCUUUUUUCUUUCUUCUUUUUCUUUCUUUUCUUUUCUUUUCUUCUUUUCUUUCUUCUUUUUUUUUCUUCUUUUUCUUUUCUUCUUUUUUUCUUCUUUUUUCUUUCUUCUUUUUCUUUCUUCUUUUUCUUUCUUCUUUUUCUUUCUUCUUUUUUUUCUUUUUCUUUUCUUUUUCUUUUUCUUUCUUUUUCUUUUUUCUUUUUUCUCUUUCUUUUUUCUCUUUUUUCUUUCUUUUUUUCUCUUCUUUCUUUCUUUUCUCUUUCUUUUCUCUUUCUUUCUUUUCUCUUUCUUUCUUUUCUCUUUCUUUUUUUCUCUUUCUUUUUUUCUCUUUCUUUUUUUCUCUUUCUUUUUUUCUCUCUCCUUUUUUCUCUCUCCUUUUUUCUCUCUCCUUUUUUCUCUCUCUUUUUUUCUCUCUCUUUUUUUCUCUCUCUUUUUUUCUCUCUCUUUUUUUCUCUUUCUUUUUUUCUUUCUUUUUUUCUCUUUCUUUUUUUCUUUUUUUUUUUCUCUUUCUUUUUUUCUUUUUCUUUUUUCUCUUUCUUUUUUUUCUCUUUCUUUUUUCUCUUUCUUUUUUCUCUUUUUCUUUUUUCUCUUUCUUUUUUCUCUUUCUUUUUUUCUUUUUUUUUUCUCUUUCUUUUUCUCUUUCUUUUUUCUCUUUCUUUUUUCUUUCUUUCUUUUUCUCUUUCUUUUUUUUCUCUUUCUUUUUUCUCUUUCUUUUUCUCUUUCUUUUUUCUCUUUCUUUUUUUCUCUUUCUUUUUUCUCUUUCUUUUUUUUUUUUCUUUCUUUUUUCUCUUUCUUUUUUCUCUUUCUUUUUUUCUCUUUCUUUUUUUCUCUUUCUUUUUCUUUUUCUCUUUCUUUUAUGUUCAUAUUUUCAUGCCAACUAUGGCAGUUCUUUUUCUUUUUUCUUUCAUUCUCUUUUUUGUUUUCUUUUUCUUUUGUUUUCUUUAUCUUUUCUGUUUUCUUUUCUGUUUUCUUUUUUUCUGUUUUCUUUUCUGCUUUAUCUCUUUUUUCUGCUUUAUCUCUUUUUUCUGUUUUCUCUCUUUUUUCUGUUUUCUCUCUUUUUUUCUGUUUUCUCUCUUUUUUUCUGUUUUCUCUCUUUUUUUCUGUUUUCUCUCUUUUUUUCUGUUUUCUCUCUUUUUUUCUGUUUUCUCUCUUUUUUUCUGUUUUCUCUCUUUUUUUCUGUUUUCUCUCUUUUUUUUUUCUCUUUUUUUCUUUUUUUUCUUUUUUCUUUUUUUUUUUUUCUCUUUUCUUUUCUGUUUUUCUUUUCUUUUUCUCUUUUUCUUUUUCUUUUCUGUUUUCUUUUUCUGUUUUUCUUUUCUGUUUUCUCUUUUUUCUGUUUUUUUCUUUUUCUGUUUUUUUUUCUGUUUUUUCUGUUUUCUCUCUUUUUCUGUUUUCUUUUCUGUUUUCUCUCUUUUUUCUGUUUUCUUUUCUGUUUUCUCUCUUUUUUCUGUUUUCUUUUCUGUUUUCUCUCUUUUUUCUGUUUUCUUUUCUGUUUUCUCUCUUUUUUCUGUUUUCUUUUCUGUUUUCUCUCUUUUUUUUUUCUUUUCUGUUUUCUCUUUUUUCUGUUUUCUUUUCUUUUUUCUUUUUUCUUUUUUCUUUUCUCUUUUCUCUUUUUUUUUCUGUUUUCUCUCUUUUUUCUGUUUUUCUUUUCUGUUUUCUCUCUUUUUUUCUGUUUUCUUUUUUGUUUUCUCUCUUUUUCUGUUUUCUUUUCUGUUUUCUCUCUUUUUUCUGUUUUCUUUUCUGUUUUCUCUCUUUUUUCUGUUUUCUUUUCUGUUUUCUCUCUUUUUCUGUUUUCUUUUCUGUUUUCUCUCUUUUUUCUGUUUUCUUUUCUGUUUUCUCUCUUUUUUCUGUUUUCUCUCUUUUUUCUGUUUUCUUUUCUGUUUUCUUUUCUGUUUUCUCUCUUUUUCUGUUUUCUUUUCUGUUUUCUCUCUUUUUUUCUGUUUUCUUUUCUGUUUUCUCUCUUUUUUUUUCUUUUUUCUUUUCUGUUUUCUCUCUUUUUUUCUGUUUUCUUUUCUGUUUUCUCUCUUUUUUUCUGUUUUCUUUUCUGUUUUCUCUUUUUUUCUGUUUUCUUUUCUGUUUUCUCUCUUUUUCUGUUUUCUUUUCUGUUUUCUCUCUUUUUCUGUUUUCUUUCUGUUUUCUCUCUUUUUCUUUUUCUUUUUCUGUUUUCUCUCUUUUUUUGUUUUCUUUUUCUGUUUUCUUUUUUUCUGUUUUCUUUUCUGUUUUCUCUCUUUUUCUGUUUUCUCUCUUUUUCUGUUUUCUUUUCUGUUUUCUCUCUUUUUCUGUUUUCUCUCUUUUUCUGUUUUCUUUUCUGUUUUCUCUCUUUUCUGUUUUCUCUCUUUUUUCUGUUUUCUUUUCUGCUUUAUCUCUUUUCUGUUUUCUCUCUUUUCUUUUCUGUUUUCUCUCCUUUUUUCUCUCCUUCUUUCUCUCCUUCUUUUUUCUCUCUUUCUUUUCUCUCCUUUUUUUCUGUUUUCUCUCUUUUUUUCUGUUUUCUCUCUUUUUUUCUGUUCCAAAGCCCAGGACAUGCAGGGAACUCCCCCAGCAAUGGUGGGGGGUCUGCCUGUAGGGAGUGGUGUCUCCCCACAGCCAGCUUUCAUGUACCGUGGCAUCUGGAUCCCCUUCAUUCUCACCAUACCCCAAGGACAAACUAAACCAGUGUUUUUAGAAGUGUUGGAUAAGAUCGAGCCACCUCAAAUCUCUGAUGGCUAUGGUCUUUCCCUUGCUUUCCAUUGUCUGAUGGAGAUUGUCAAAAGUGUUCAGUUUCUGAUUGAAGGGGAGGCAGAGGAAGGCAAAGACGAGCUGGUUGAACAGAAAAAGAGUCCAACCACACCAACUGAAGAACAAGAACAGAAUUUACAUUCCGAGCUGAUCAACUCUUCCUGGUGUGGGAUGUUGGCAUCUCUCUCUCUGCUUCUUGAUGCUAGCACUGAUGAAAGCGCUACAGAGUCAAUCCUCAAGUCCCAGCAGAUCUAUGCCAGUCUAUGUGGCCAGAUGUCGAUGAACACAGCAAGAGAUGCAUUCAUCACAGCCUUGUGUAAAGCCUCUUUGCCUCCUCACUAUGCUCUCACUGUGCUCAAUUCUACCCAGACGGCUGGAGACUCAAGCACGGCAGCUGCUUCACCAAAAGUGAAUGAAGCCAAAGAACAUUUUUGUUCAAAUGGCCUUUUUAUUUUGUUUUAUUUUUCUGUUUUCUAUCUUUUUUCCAUCUCUGUCUGUUUUCUGUCGCUAUCUUUUUCCUCCUCUUUGCUCAUGUUUUUUUCCCCUCUUUGCUCAUGUUUUUUUCCCCUCUUUGCACAUGUUUUUUUCCCCUCUUUGCUCAUGUUUUCCCCCCCCUCUUUGCACAUGUUUUUUCCAACUCUUUGCACAUGUUUUUUUCCCCCCUCUUUGCACAUGUUUUUUUCCCCUCUCUGCACAUGUUUUCCCCCCUCUUUGCACAUGUUUUUUUCCCCCUCUUUGCUCUUUGUCCGCCUUCUCUGCCCUUUGCUCUUUGUCCGCCUUCUCUGCCCUUUGCUCUUUGUCCGCCUUCUCUGCCCUUUGCUCUUUGUCCGCCUUCUCUGCCCUUUGCUCGUGUUUCCCUCCCCCUCUUUGCUCGUGUUUCCCUCCCCUUUGCUUUUUCUCCCCUGUUUCCCUCCCCUUUUGCUCGUGUUUCCCUCCCCUCUUUGCUCGUGUUUCCCUCCCCUCUUUGCUCGUGUUUCCCUCCCCUCUUUGCUCGUGUUUCCCUCCCCUCUUUGCUCGUGUUUCCCUCCCCCUUUUGCUCGUGUUUCCUCCCCCUCUUUGCUCGUGUUUCCCUCCCCCCUCUUUGCUCGUGUUUCCCUCCCCUCUUUGCUCGUGUUUCCCUCCCCCUCUUUGCUCCCCUGUUUCCUCCCCCUCUUUGCUCGUGUUUCCCUCCCCUCUUUGCUCGUGUUUCCCUCCCCCUCUUUGCUCGUGUUUUUUUCCAUCUCUUUGCCAUUUCUUUGUCUUGUUUUUUUUUCAUUCUUCAUUUUUGCUACUUUUGUUUUUCUUUCAAUUAAUCUUUCUCAAAGGAAAGAAUGA